AUGUGGGAAUGCCCUGCUGCAACAGAUGUGUGGGGUGGAAAGAACAGCUUGCUCAUUAAAUGGAAGAGGCAAUUCUUUGACUUCCACUUCCUGUGGAAUGAAAUGAGACUAAAGCUGAGUAAGGAGAUCGUGGAGUUGGUAUCAAUAAUGUUCUAUCAGAUAUGGUUUAAAGAAAACAACAAGGAUAGGUCCACGUGUGCUGAAGGGACUCAAGGGAUAACUCCAAUUCCAAGAUGGGAACCCCCUGCAUGGCCAUAUCUCAAAGCUAACUUUGAUGCAGCUUUUGACAAAGAGAAAGUGAGUAUGGGAGGGGGUGUGGUGAUUAAAGAUUCAGAUGGUAGUGUACAAGAAGUUUUGACAACCUAUAAAGACCAUAUCUCAUCAACUUUCCAAGCCGAAAGUAUUGCCCUCCUUGGAGCUAUGGAAUUGUGUUCUGAACUUGGUUUUAACCAAGUAUGUUUUGAAGGGGAUGCUAAGACUAUUGUUAAUGCCGCGAACUCCAAAAGUGUAGAUAACUAA